AGAUACUUUUUCGAUCACAGGGUCUGACUUUUAUUUUGACAAACAGAAUGACUUUUGGCUGUGCGCGUCAUCAAACAGGAAGCCAGUAGUAACACACACACACAUGCCCUUUUCUGUUUAAUCGGUUGAUAAAAGAUUGUUUUAACAUGCACGUCAAGCAGCAGCGCGUAUCUGUUUGACUGUAAACUUAUCAGACCACAUCUUUCCUCUAACACGUGAUCUGUUGCAGCAUAGGACACUCAUGCUGUGUUACAUGUGUGUUAUGGCAAUGGCAUGGCAGCUUGAAGAAGUGCUCUAGCUGACAUGGACAAAACUGGAUGAUCUGAUUCUCCGGUACAUCUGAUCUCUUUAGUAUGUGGAGAGACCUCUGACAGCGGCCGUCCUCUGCCAUGUUUUGGCUCCAAUCUCUUCGGGUAUGUUCCCGAAGGCUGUUUCACAGUAGGGUCGUCAGCCGUGACCAACUUCUAGACCAGCUUCAGGCGUGCUCUGCUGAGGACCAGGUGUUCGAUGUGGUGGGCCGGAACAAAGCCAAGCUGUCCGUUAACCAUGUGAGCUGUGCUAUUGGACUGCUGUGGCAGUUUCAAAGGGAGCGGCCGCAGAUGCUCAGGACAUUUGAGUCUGUCCAGAAUCACCCGCAGUUCCUGACGCUUCGAGUUCUGGCUGAAAACAAGAUCAGCCUCAUGGAUGACGGUUCGGUGGUGGAAAUGCUUUAUGAUGUGCUCAGGCUUAAAGUAGAACAUCACGACUCUCUUGUGCAGCAGUUGGUGACAGAGGCUUGGAACAGACUGGAGAGAUUCCAGAUGACGACACUUUCAAAGUUUGCAGUUUGUCUGAGUGAUCAGUUCCUGCAGCACAGCCCUCUGAUGGGUCAGAUUACUCAAAUAGUGAGUCAGAGAAUGGACUCCAUUCAAGACGCCAGAGUGCUGACACCCUUGAUGAUCAGUAUUUUUGCCCUGGUGUCGCCACAACUGCGGGACGCGCUGCUUAAAAAAGCCGACACCCUUCUAGACAAAAUGGACCCGUUUCACUUCAACAACCCCAGAAGGGUGGUGCAGUUCCUCCGAAACAUCAGAUACGUCCAUCGACCCCUCCUGGAGAAAUGCAACCAGCUUCUCCUGCAGAACGUCGCCCAACUGGACGCAGAGCACAUCAGCAUCAUUCUGGGACUGUAUCAGUCGAUGCAGUACAAUAACUGUGAUUUCCGACUGGCUGCGAAACAGAGACUCGUAGAGUUGGUGGACACGAGCACCGAUCCUGCCACUUUCACCAAACUCUUUGCUUCACUAGGACCAAUGGCAGGGCAAGGUGUCAGAGAGGGGUUAGAGAGUACUGCGCUGCUAUUGGCUGAUGAGCUGAAUCCCCACCAGGCUUUAGGUGUGGUGGAGACAAUGGAGGAGAUGCAAUGCAGGAACCUUCAGUUGAUAAACAAGAUGGCAGCAAUACUCUUCAAGAAUCUGGAGACGUAUCGGCCAGUGGAAAUUGCUCGAAUAACUCAAUCUCUCAUCCUGCUCCACUGCCAGAAUCCUGAGAUCUUCUCCAGACUGAAAGCCAAACUGCUGCAUUUCCUGCAGGGCAGUGUGUACCCGUACGAGGUGACCAUGCUAACUAGGGUUCUGUCCAUGCUUCCUUCUCGCCAUCUCGACGAGGGUGUCCUUUCCCGUGUGGAAGCCGUGCUCCCGCAGUGCAACCUAAAUGACCUCAACACUUACGCUGUGGUCGUCGCCAAGUGGAUUCGCAACGACCCCUCGUACCGGCACAACACGCCCAGCAAGUACGUCCGCCUGCUCCAGACCCUGAACCGCUGCGGACGUGAACGGCUACACAAGUUGGACCGUCUGGAUGUGGUGCUGGAGGAAGUGAAGUACUUGUCGGGGGAGUGGUUUGAUGAGAUGCUGCUGGAGGAGUCUAUGCUCACCUUGCAGAGACUGCUUGACCAGAUAUCCUGGACUAACGUGCAUGACGUGGCCGUUUAUCUGACCAGGACUAACUACUUCUGUGCCGUGCUGCUGGAUCGAAUCGCUAGUAUGACGAUUGAAAAUAUAGACAAGAUUCAUUACUCUGCAACAUAUGCCACUUUGCUGCCUUUUGCUGUACUAAAUUAUGACCCACCGAUGGCAGAGGAGUUUUUUGAUGCCUGCAUUCGACAUUUCACUCCAUACAUUAGUUCAUUUGACCCUCACCUGCUGGUUCUCUUGGCGUACGCACUGGCUUUGGCUGAUUAUUUCCCAGAGGAGGUGGUCCGAGAGAUAUUCAACGUGGACUUUCUUGCAAAGUUGGAUGCCCAUCUUGAGACCUUGCCGGAUGCUCUAAACAUGCGCAUACGUCUCCGUCUCAUGGAGCUGAAUCGGGCCGUGUGUCUGGAGUGCCCUGAGUUCCAGGUGCCCUGGUUUCAUGAGCGCUACUGUAAACAGCUGCAGAAGAGAGCCAACAGCUCCACUAGUCCAAUUCAGCAGCAGAUCCAUAAGAUGCUCGGAGAUGUCCUGGGUGGGAUCAACUGUGCUAAAGUAGGAGUGCUGACUCCAUACUUCUAUACUGUCGAUUUUGAACUUGUCCUGGAUCGUCAUCUUCAGCCGAUACCGUACAGCGAGCCGAGUCGGCUGCAGAUCACUGAGAACGGAAACGUUCACUGGGAGUCUGGAUCGGCAGACAGAGAGAGGACGGAGCUGCCGCCAGGAGCUCGCCGCAUUGCCUUGGAUUUCUUGGACUCCAAAUCCUUCUGCAAAAAUUCCCGACACAUGAAAGGGGAGGCCAUGAUGAAGAAAAGACAUCUGGAGAUUUUAGGAUAUCAUGUGUUACAGAUUCCCCACUUUGAAUGGAACUCAAUGGAGCUUUCCACAGAAGAUGCAUGGAAAGAAUAUCUGAGGAAGAAAAUAUUUGCUGACUUACCCUAAGAAUGAAUCUAAAUACCUCUUAAAAUUAUAAACAUUAAAACAUGCAGUGCAAUCAAAUGAUUGUACAUCAGGUCAUCCUUCAUUUGAGCUGCUAAAUAGCACUGCGAUUUUAUAUUAAUUCCUCAUUUUGUAAUAAAUUAUUAAGAUAUUGCUCGGGUAAUAAAUAUAUUACUCAAUGUCACUGUUUUCAUUCAUUCAAGAAAGAAAUACAUACAUGUUUGCGUUUAAAUGUGUAUUUAUUAUGCACUUUAUAUAAAAGAAAAGAAUGUAUAUGGAAAAAAAGUAAAUUUAAUUUUGACAUCCA